AUGGCUCUACGAAGAUCUGGAGGCCAGCUCUGCAAGAGCAUUUCACAGGCCAGUUCGCAUCGACUUGCGCUACCCCAAAUCGCUACUCAGAAGCGAUAUCUAGCCACUCCCGUCCAUCCUGUCACUCAAGAUGCUACUGGAUCGAAGGGCCCUACGGCUAUGGUCUUCCUCAACAUGGGAGGACCUUCGACUACCGAUGAGGUUGGCGCCUUUUUGAGCCGUCUUUUUGCCGACGGCGAUCUAAUUCCUCUCGGCCCUCUACAAAACUAUCUCGGUCCAUUGAUUUCGAAGAGGCGAACACCCAAAAUCAUCAAGCAAUACUCUGCCAUCGGUGGAGGAUCACCAAUCCGAAAGUGGUCUGAAUACCAAAACGCCGAGAUGUGUAAGAUCUUGGACAAGAUCUCCCCCGAGACUGCGCCUCACAAGCCCUACGUCGCUUUUCGAUACGCGGACCCAUUGACCGAGGAAAUGUACGAGCAGCUGUUGAAGGACGGCUUUGGAAAUGGAAAAGGCGGCCGCGCUGUCGCAUUCACACAAUAUCCUCAGUACUCGUGCUCAACAACAGGUAGUAGCUUGAACGAGCUAUGGAAGUGGAGGCACCGGCUUGAAGGCAAGACCAACAAGGAGUCCGGUGACGGUACCAUUACCUGGAGUGUAAUCGACCGUUGGCCUAACCACAGUGGAUUGGUCGAGGCUUUUGCCCAAAACAUCGAGACUAAGCUUGCGGAAUACCCUGAGGAGCGAAGGAAGGAUGUUGUGCUGCUCUUCUCUGCGCAUAGUCUGCCCAUGUCUGUCGUUAACCGAGGUGAUCCUUACCCUGCUGAAGUUGCGGCCACUGUCUACGCUGUCAUGCAGCGCCUCGGUUUCUCCAACCCUUACCGACUGUGCUGGCAGUCUCAGGUCGGCCCGUCGGCCUGGUUAGGACCUCAAACCUCGGACAGUGUAGAGCACUACAUAUCCAAGGGUCAGAAGGAUCUGGUGCUUAUCCCCAUCGCUUUCACAUCCGACCAUAUUGAAACUUUAUAUGAGUUGGAUCAAGAAGUCAUCGGCGACAGUGGUCACCCCGAAACUGUCAAGCGGGUUGAGUCUCUGAACGGCAGUCCUGUCUUUAUUCAAGCUCUCGCCGACAUUGCCAAGGAGCACCUGGCAGCAGGUCAGGCUUGCUCGAAGCAGAUGGGUCUUCGAUGUCCUGGAUGUAAGAGCGAGAGAUGUGCGGAGUCGAAACGAUUCUUUGCAAGCCAGCAGGCUGGCCUCGCUUAA